AUGGCUUCACUCAAACUGUGCUUCUCUGCUCUCCUAUCGACUUAUCUGUUUACAGCUGUGGAGCUUCAGACCCAGGACUCUCCUCUUCUGAGCUGCCCUGCUCUGGCUGGCAUCCCGGGCACACCUGGGCACAACGGCCUCCCUGGCAGAGAUGGCAGAGAUGGAAGAGAUGGACAUGACGGAGCUCCUGGUGCCAAGGGGGAUAAAGGAGAGCCUGGAACCGGAGCCGGAGCCCAAGGCCCUCCAGGACAAAUGGGUCCCACUGGGCCCGCUGGGCCAUCAGGGCCAAAGGGAGAUAGAGGCGACCCUGGAAUAGCAGGGCUAUGGGAGAAUGAUACCAUCAUUAUAUCUCUGCAAUCUGAGGUGCUAAGCCUUAAAAGAAGUCUCUCCCAGCUAGAAUCAGCAUCGAGGUUCCGCACCUUCAGAAGGAUUGGGCAGAAGUACUAUGUGACCGAUGGCCAGCUAGCACAUUUUGAUGAGGGCGUCAGACUCUGCUCCAGCUUCGGAGCCACACUCGUCCUGCCAAGAACAGAUGUGGAAAACCAAGCACUUGCAAAGGUGCAUGGCGACACCUACGCAUUCAUCGGAGCUACAGACCGGAGCCACGAAGGGCAAUUUGUAGACGUUAAUGAUAGGCCUUUAACCUUCACUAAAUGGUACAGCGGUCAGCCAGAUAACCAUGGGGGAGUGGAGGACUGUGUUGUAGUGCACUCUGGAUUCUGGUAUGAUGUCUCUUGUGAUGGCAAUCGCGCAGUUGUAUGUGAAAUUUUACCCUAA